GGCACUGGUAGCGCUACCGCGGCCAUCGGGGCUCCGCGGGCUUGUGCCGCCCCCUCACCCGGUGCGGGGGAGCCCCUCGCCGGCCGCCACGGGCGCAGCGGGCGGAGCCGGGCCCGGGCCGAGGGGACGCUCCCCUGCCGCUCGGUAGGGGCGGGAGGGAGGGAGCGCUCGCCGGGGCCUCCGCGCCGGGCUCGCUGCGGGUUGUGCUGGGGCCUCCGGCGGGGAGCGAGGGAGGAGGGAAAGAGGGAGAAGGGAGGAGGGAGGCCCGGCCGGCGCUGCCCGUGGCGGGCAGGGGAGCAGCAGAGCCCUGCCGCCCGCAGCUUUGUUCGCCGGGCCCUCCGACGCUCGUCCCACUCCUCUGCCCCAGGCCGAGCGCCCUCCCGGUUCCUUUCUUUCCCCUCUGCUGGAUAUCUCACUGUGGGAGCAUCGCCUGCGGAACCGACCCGCGGUGCGGGACUAGGAAACAACAGGUCUUCCCCCCACCUCUCCUCGCCUUUUCUCCGAAGUGGCACCGGCGCCUCGCUGUUGGGAUUAUAAAUGUUUGAACUAAGACCCAGGGAACUGGAAGGAGAGCCUCCCGUUGGAAUCAACAGGAGAGAAAACAAGGGAGGCUUUUCCAAAUCCUCCGCAAGAAAGCCCGUGCUGUUUUUUUCCCGUGCUGUCCGCACGGUGUUUAAUAAUGCGAUUGUGACCUGAGUGGAAUUUAUGAGCGAAGAACUAAUUGAAGCUUCUUGCACCGCUGCAUCGGACUACUUUUUUUUUUUUUUAAUUUUAUUUUCUCAGCACGUGAUUCCCCCAUCCCAGCUAUUGCAGGACCUGUGGGCCAGUAAUAGAGGGAUGGGAAGCUGAGGCAGUUUAUUUUAACAAUCUUCUGUUCCGGGGACUUGGCGAUUUGGCUGAAGCUGCUGCUGCUUUUUACUGGAUCUGCUCUUUCCUCGGCAGGUUUAUUUGUUUUCAUGUGCAUGGGGUGUUUCGAUUAAACAGACAUUGGACUGGAGCUGAAUGGAUGCUUUGCAAGCCGAAAGGUUUUGGGAGGUAACAGAAAACUGCUAAAACAGAGAAGAACUGGUACUGCAGGAUACCUGGGGCCUGUCUUCCAAGCCUUUUUGUUUUAUUGAACAAGUUCAAGAUGAUGUGUGAGGUGAUGCCAACCAUCAGUGAGGCCGAGAUUCCCGCUGGGGGAAAUGGAGGCCACGGUUCAGGUUCCCCAUUACAGUCAGAUGCUGAUUCCCAUUUUGAGCAGUUAAUGGUGUCCAUGUUGGAAGAAAGGGAUCGCCUCCUGGAAACACUGAGGGAAACUCAGGAGACCCUGGCACUGACCCAGGGCAAGCUGCAUGAAGUCGGUCAUGAGAGAGAUUCCUUGCAAAGACAGCUCAAUACUGCACUCCCACAGGAAUUUGCAGCACUUACAAAAGAGCUCAAUGUAUGCAGGGAGCAGCUGCUGGAAAGGGAAGAAGAAAUCGCUGAACUGAAAGCAGAAAGAAAUAAUACCAGGCUGUUACUGGAACAUCUGGAGUGUCUUGUCUCCAGGCAUGAGCGAUCUCUGAGAAUGACUGUGGUGAAGAGGCAAGCUCAGUCUCCAGCAGGAGUUUCUAGUGAAGUAGAAGUUCUCAAAGCACUAAAAUCUUUAUUUGAGCACCAUAAAGCCCUUGAUGAAAAGGUAAGGGAGAGGUUACGAGUAGCACUUGAGAGAUGUAGUUUAUUGGAAGAAGAACUAGGUACUACACAUAAAGAGUUAAUGAUUCUGAAAGAGCAAAAUAAUCAGAAGAAAACACUUCCAGACGGGAUGCUGGAUAUAAAUCAUGAACAAGAAAAUACACCAACUACAAAUGGGAAGAGAUCCUCUGAUGGUUCUUUAUGCCAUGAUGAAAACCUUGCUAAAGUGAUUGAACUCCAAGACAUUAUAGAUAAGCAAAACAAAGAGCAGACACAAAUGAAAGAACGUCUCACUGCUCUGUCCAGCAAAGUGGCAGAGUUGGAAGAAGAUCUUGACACAGCCAGAAAAGACUUGAUAAAGUCUGAAGAAAUGAAUACAAAGUUACAGAGAGAUGUACGAGAGACUAUGGCCCAAAAGGAAGACAUGGAAGAGAGAAUUACAACUCUUGAGAAACGCUACCUCGCUGCGCAACGUGAAGCUACAUCUGUGCACGACCUCAAUGAUAAACUUGAAAAUGAAAUUGCCACUAAAGACUCCAUGCACAGACAGAGUGAAGAUAAGAACAGGCAAUUGCAGGAACGGCUGGAACUGGCUGAGCAAAAGUUGCAACAGACCCUGAGAAAGGCUGAGACUUUGCCAGAGGUGGAAGCUGAGCUGGCCCAGAGAGUUGCAGCACUUACAAAGUCUGACAUUUUGUCUCCUGGGAGAUCUGCUGCUAAAGAUGCAAAAGUGUUGGAACUUACCACCAAGCUUAGGAAGGCUGAGGAGAGACAUGGCAACAUCGAGGAACGACUGAGGCAGAUGGAAGCACAGCUAGAGGAGAAGAAUCAAGAGCUGCUAAGGGCUAGACAGAGAGAGAAGAUGAAUGAAGAGCAUAAUAAACGUUUGUCAGAAACUGUUGAUAAGCUUCUGUCUGAAUCCAAUGAAAGGCUCCAGCUGCAUCUCAAGGAAAGGAUGGCUGCCCUAGAAGAUAAGAAUUCACUUCUUCGAGAAAUUGAAAAUGCAAAAAAGCAAAUAGAGGAGCUUCAGCAUGAAAAGGAUCAACUUGCAAUAAAUGUUGAUGCAUUAAGGGCUGAAAAUGACCAAGUGAGACUCAGAGCCACAUCACUCCAUCAUAGCAGACCAGAUUUCAGAUUCCCUAUGACAUCUUCCUCUGUGGUUGACACUCACACAGACUCCUUUGGCACCUCCUCCGUGCUGAGGCGUCCCCAGAAGGGACGUUUGGCAGCUCUCAGAGAUGAACCUUCAAAGGUUCAGACUCUGAAUGAGCAGGAUUGGGAGCGAGCCCAGCAAGCAAGUGUGUUGGCAAAUGUGGCACAAGCAUUUGAGAGUGAUGUUGAUGUGUCUGAUGUGGAGGAUGACAGAGAGACCAUAUUCAACUCAGUUGAUCUGCUGUCACCAAGUGGUCAGGCUGAUGCUCAGACUUUGGCCAUAAUGCUUCAGGAACAGUUGGAUGCCAUCAACAAAGAGAUUAGACUUAUCCAAGAAGAGAAGGAGAACACGGAGCAGCGAGCAGAGGAGAUUGAAAGCAGGGUGGGCAGUGGCAACCUGGAUGCCCAUGGCCGAUUCCGCUCCAUGAGCUCCAUCCCUCCUUCCUAUGCCAGUGGUUCCCUGGCUGGUUCCUCCCCCCCUGGCAGUGGCCGCUCCACCCCGAGGCGGAUCCCACACAGCCCAGCUCGGGAAGUGGACAGGUUGGGGAUCAUGACACUGCCUAGUGAUUUAAGGAAACACCGUAGAAAGUCUCCAGCUUCCAGAGAAGAGGUACGAGAUGAUAAAACCACAAUAAAAUGUGAGACAUCACCACCUUCUUCCCCUCGGUCUCUGCGUUUGGACAGAGUCCAGAAAGGAGCUUUGCACACAGUGAGCCAUGAAGAUAUCAGGGACAUCAGGAAUUCAACAGGUUCUCAAGAUGGGCAAACAAGUAAUCCCAGUAGCAGUAACAGUAGCCAAGAUUCCCUUCACAAAGCUCCCAAAAAGAAGGGGAUCAAAUCCUCCAUCGGCCGCUUGUUUGGCAAGAAGGAGAAGGGACGACCUGGACAAAUAAGCAAGGAAGGAUUAGGACAAGGCGGCAUGGGAGAAGCUGAUGGUUCCUCUCAGGAUGCCUUAGGUCUCAGCAAGCUUGGAGGUCAGGCAGAAAAAAACAGGAAAAUGCAGAAAAAGCAUGAGCUGCUGGAGGAAGCCAGAAGACAAGGUUUGCCUUUUGCACAGUGGGACGGGCCUACUGUGGUUGUGUGGCUGGAGCUGUGGGUUGGGAUGCCAGCCUGGUAUGUGGCUGCUUGCCGAGCAAAUGUGAAAAGUGGUGCUAUCAUGUCAGCCUUGUCUGACACGGAAAUACAGCGGGAAAUUGGGAUCAGCAACCCCCUGCACAGGCUCAAGCUGAGGCUGGCCAUCCAAGAAAUCAUGUCACUGACAAGCCCAUCUGCCCCUCCCACCUCAAGGACGACCACGGGAAAUGUCUGGGUAACACAUGAAGAAAUGGAAAAUCUUACAGCCACACAACAAACGGAAGAUGAGGAGGGAAGCUGGGCUCAGACACUUGCCUAUGGUGAUAUGAACCAUGAGUGGAUUGGCAAUGAGUGGCUCCCAAGCCUGGGACUCCCUCAGUACCGCAGCUAUUUCAUGGAAUGUCUUGUGGAUGCUCGAAUGCUGGACCAUUUAACUAAAAAAGACCUGCGUGGGCAGCUCAAAAUGGUGGACAGCUUUCACAGAAACAGUUUUCAGUGUGGAAUCAUGUGCCUACGAAGACUGAAUUAUGAUCGAAAAGAACUUGAAAGAAAAAGGGAAGAAAGCCAGAAUGAAAUCAAGGAUGUGCUUGUGUGGAGCAAUGAAAGGAUGAUCCAUUGGGUUGUGUCCAUCGGUCUUAAAGAAUAUGCGAAUAACCUUGUCGAGAGCGGAGUUCAUGGUGCUCUUGUGGCCUUAGAUGAAUCCUUUGAUUACAUUGCAUUAGCUCUCCUAUUGCAAAUCCCCACCCAGAACACACAGGCUCGUGCUGUUCUGGAGAGGGAAUUUAAUAACCUUCUUGCUAUGGGCACUGACAGAAGACUUGAUGAAGAUGAUGAUAAGAGCUUUAGGAGAGCACCUUCAUGGAGAAAGAAGUUUAGACCAAAGGACAUCAGAGGUUUAGCUGCUGGAUCAGCAGAGACUCUUCCUGCAAAUUUCAGAGUUACAACCUCAAUGUCUUCACCCUCUAUGCAGCCAAAGAAGAUGCAGAUUGAUGGCAGUGUAUCAGGAACACAAAGAUUGGAUUCUGCUACAGUAAGGACCUACUCCUGUUAAAGCCUUCUCCUGUUUACCCACACUAUUUCUACCGGUGAUAUGCAGCAUUUUGAACAUUUGGAACCCUUAACCUGUUAAUACUUGUUAAAUGGACACUUUGAGAUAUUUUAUUACAGAGUUUUUAAUUAGCAAAUAAAUUCAUGAGUACUAUAGAGAAAAUAUUUUAGAAUCUAAAUGUUUCCUAUAUUUAUGUGACUUCUCAUUUAUAUAGUUACUUACUUUUUCAGUUUCUAUUCAGUCUACAAAUCAAAUCAUUGCUGAUUUUUUAUUCUAAUUUUAGUCUUUCCAACUGAAUGUACUGUAAUGCUUGUAUGUAUAUGUCCCUAUGAGCAAUAUAGGGUUUUUGUAAAUUAUGCAGUUACUGUAAUUAUCAUUGUUUUUUAAUAAUGAAACUGAAGGUGAAAAGGAUUUUAAUACCUUUGUAAAAGUAUCAUGACACCAAGCAGUAUAUAUUUUGUCUUUUUGGAGCUGUUAGACCUGAAAACAAGCCCAGCUUUUUUUCAGAUAUUGAUGUAGAAGCUGCGGUACACAAGUGUUGUUCUCCUCAGAGCUGUAUCUUUCCACUCAGAGGACUUGUCAAGUAGUGGCAGUUUGACUUUAUUUAAAAUAGAAUUUGUUUUAAGAGCUGGGAGGAACUGAGGAGAACACGUUUUAGAAGUGAUUUUGACUCGCUCAUAACACACUCUGCUGUAUUUGUAAAGCGACUCUUCACAGUGACUGAAAACAAGCCAUAAACCAAGAACUGUUUGUAUUUUUUCUUUUCCUUAAGUGAGGAAGACAGACUUCAUAAUGAUUCCUGGUCAUAAGCCACAGGCCACAGAGAGGUUUUUAGGGGUUUUUUGAUGGAAAACACUUGUGGAAAGAUGCUGGUGGAACUAGUUUUAAUGGACCAAUCUUAAAGCACUGCAGCCUCAUGUCAAGUGAGUAGGGAAAGAUGAAAGUACAAUGGGCUGAAACCUCAAGCAGUGCAUCUUCUAAUAAAGGCCUUACUUUUCUUAUGUAAGUCAUCUUAUAUGUUUUGUAAACUUGUUCUAAAGAGUUGUCUGGACUUUAAUUUUGAUGGGUGUUGCCAUUUUGGACUGUAUGAAUAGAAAAUGUAUCUGAUACUUGUAAAUGGCAUAUUAAAAAGCCAGCAAGAAUCUGUUCAGAUGGUGCAUUAUUUAUUAUGCAACAAUAUAUAUAGCAUGUCUUUUUUCUCUUAUUUUGUUUUCCACUUUUAACUUUGCUUGUAAAACUGAAAUUCAUUGUUAUUGUUCUGGGUUUUUUUCUAUUAAUCUUUUGUGUAUCUUCAGAUUAUGUAACAAUAUGUACAGUCUACUUUUGAACUAUUUUUAUCACAGUAUUAUUUAUUGCUUUCUUUCAAUAAAGUACUGAUGCAUUUUCCACUGCCAAUAAAACACUAUGGAAAAGC